UUAUUUCUUCGAAGAAAUAAGUUCUUAACAAAAAUGAAUAUUUUACCUAAAAAAAGAUGGCAUGUUCGAACAAAAGAAAAUAUAGCUCGUGUAAGACGAGAUGAAGCAAAAGCUGCAGAAGAAGAACGAGUUAAGCAAGAACGUAUUCAAAAAGCAGAAACCGAAGCACGUAUUAACUUUCUGAGACAGCAAGCAAGAACUAAGUAUGAUGGGAGGGCUGAUACAUCUAACGUUAAAACAGAAAUAUCUACUAGUGCUUCGGAACAUGUUAAUUUCUUUUCUGAUCUCGAGAAAGGUAAAAUUGAUUAUAAUAAACCUAAUGUAGAUCAUGAAAAAGAAAAGAAAGAGGAGAAAGAAAAAUAUGAAAAACAAAUUGGUUAUCUUACCUAUCUUGGACAAGAUACAAAUGAAGCAUUAAGAAAAAAGAACUGGUACGAAGAAUUACCCAAAAGAUUAACUGAUAAAGAUAAAGAUAUUGAAGUGGAAAUAAAAAAGAAGGUUUUACAUGAUCCUAUACAAGAUAUGAAGAAGUAUUUAAACAUAAUAGGCAGUGUUUGUUCAGAAAAACAUGUGAAGACCGAAGUAACAAGCGUUAAAAGAAGGCAUUAUGAUUCGGAUGAUUCAGAUAGUGAAAUGGAAAAAAGGAGUUUUGGAAAGAAGAAUAAAAAACAUAAAAAGAAAUAUAAAAAACAAAAGAGAGAAAAAGAUGAUAUUUCUGAGGAAUCUUCAGAAAAAUCUAAAGUUACAACAAAUAUAGAAAAAUUAAGAGCUGAAAGAUUAUUAAGGGAGCAAAAGGAGAAAUUAAGAGCAGAAGUAUUGGUUGCUAAGUUAAGAGGAGAUCCUUUGCCUAUUAUUCCAUCUGAAGAAAUACCUAAAUCUUCUGUUAAACAAAAGUAUAGUUCACAGUUUUUCCCAGAAAUUGCUAGACAAAAUGCAGAAAGAACGCCUCGUAACUAAAUUUAUAUAUAUUAUAUAUAUGUAUAUAUUUUUUAUGUAUGUUAUGUGUGUAUAUAUUUUUUUUUCUAUGUAUGUGUAUGUGUAUAUGUAUAUAUAUAUAUAUUAGUUAUUCAAUAU